CAAGCGCGCAAAGGUAAAGAAUGCGGACUUCGUCGCACACUGGAAACAGAACGCUGGUACAAAAGCUUCAAAGAGGAAAACAUGUCGAAAACACACACAAAGCCCCCGUCCUCGUCGGGGGCUACGACCUCCGGUGGACCUUCUUCCUCCUCAUCCUCCUCGCCCGCAGGUGGCACGACGUCUCCCGCCAACGUCCUGCACGUACAGCCUGAGAAACCUCAACACUACACGUAUCUGAAGGAGUUCAGGACAGAACAGUGUCCUCUGUUUGUGCAGCACAAGUGUACCCAGCACCGGCCCUUUGCAUGCUUCCACUGGCACUUUCUGAACCAGCGGCGCCGCAGGCCCAUCCGCAGGCGGGACGGAACCUUCAACUACAGUCCAGACGUCUACUGCACCAAAUACGACGAGGGCACAGGCACCUGCUCUGACGGGGAUGAAUGUCCGUACCUGCAUCGUACGGCGGGCGACACAGAGCGGCGGUACCACCUGAGGUACUAUAAGACGGGCUCCUGUAUCCACGAGACGGAUGGGAAGGGCCACUGCAGUAAGAACGGCUCCCACUGCGCCUUUGCACACGGAUCACAUGACCUACGAUGUCCCGUCUACGACGUCAGGGAGGUGCAGGUGAUGGAGUCUCAAGGGGGGUCGGGGGCUGCUGAGGGAGGAGGGGGGGAGGGCCAGUCGGGGCUGGCGGCCAGUACCGCCCUCAUUGAGAAAAUCCUGAGUGAGGAACCGCGUUGGCAGGAUAACACCUAUGUGUUGUCCCACUACAAGACAGAUCUGUGUAAAAAGCCUCCUCGUCUGUGUCGCCAAGGUUACGCCUGUCCCUACUACCACAAUAGCAAAGACAGGCGGCGUAGUCCACACAAACACAAAUACAGAGCGCUGCCGUGCCCAGCGGUGAAGCACAGUGAGGAGUGGGGAGAUCCCAGUAAGUGUGAGGUGGCAGAGGGAUGCCAGUACUGCCACACACGCACAGAGCAGCAGUUUCACCCUGAGAUCUAUAAGUCCACGAAGUGUAAUGAUAUGCAGCAGUGUGGCAGCUGCCCCCGGGGCCCCUUCUGUGCCUUUGCACACCUUGACAACAAGCCCCCUAUCAGUGAAGAACCCUCGUUUCAGACCCCCAGCUCCCCACCUCUCCUCCCAGGACCCCAAGACCCUCACCCUGCCCAGGAAGGAUGCUCCAGCCCUGGGGGCCGAGGUGGAAGAUCUGGGUCUCUGUCUGGAGGUCCGUUCUCCCCGUCAGGGGGGGGGUGUGUGGCAGAACAAGGCCUGUUAGGGAGGGUGCUGUCGUUGUGUGAGGACGUGUGUGGGGGAGGCGAACCCCUCUCCCCCUGGGCUGGGGAGGGGGGGUACGGUAGGGCACCGGGGUACGAGAGGGAAGACCAUGCCAAACAGAAGAGUUUUACCAUGGACCAGCGCAACAGAGAAAUGGCGUCUCAUCACAGCAAACAGGACCUGCUGGUGUUCCUCCCAGUGGGUAGUCCUCUGAGUCUGUCAUCGAGUGUUCCCUCCAGCCUGGCAGCCACCCCUCCCAGCCCUGCCCCUCCUGGACCCCUGCACCAGGGCCACCACCUCCACCAUGGAGCCCCAGCACCAGGCCUCUUCUCGGGCAUGAAUGCCAACGCACUGCCCUUCUACCCCACCAGCGACACCGUAGAGUCUGUAGUGGAGUCAGCUCUGGAUGACCUGGACCUGAACGACUUUGGCAUGUCUGCCCUGCAGAGAAGUCUGGACAGCAGCUCAGCUCUUCCCAGAGCCAUGCUGGGAGGAAAUCAGCUCCAGAGCUCUGCUCCUGUCAACAUUCCAGGAACCCUCUGCAGCUCUGCCCCUUUCAGCUCCCCCUCGCCCUCUCCACCAAUCAGAACCCACCAAUCGCCAUUCUUCUCCUCCCAUCUAUCGCAGCCCAGCAAAUCAGAAAGCAGCUUCUUGGGGCCAUCGCAUAGCUCUUUAGGUCUGAAUGGUAUGAGCAGUAGUAUCUGGGAGCACCCAUCAGGCCAGGGUUCUCCCGGUACGCCCCCGGCCCUGCUACCCACCAUGGGCCAGAGCAUGGAGACAGCCCGGGUCCGACAGGAACUAGACGAUGCUAACAGACUACUGAAACACUGGGACCACACCUGGAGACAUACAGCACAGUCGUGGGCGGUGUUGAAGUCGGAUGCAGAGGAGUCUCGUGGCUCGGCCGGUCGGUCAGCUCUUGAAGCGGAGCGGGCGAGGCAGGCUGAGGAGACGGCAAAGAGACAGACCUCCCUCCUCCAGGAGGCACUGGAGAGCAUGAGGACAGGAGAGAACCCUCACUUGGGCCUCCACCAGCUCCAGCUGCUCCACAGACUGCCUCUAGAGUCUGUCCUCAGUUUGCAGGCCCAGCUCUGUACAUGUCUACACACUGUGGAACAGGUGGUGUAUAGAAAGCAGUGUCAAUGUUGUGUGACGUGUGGAGAGCAGGGAUCGGUCUCUCUGCCCUGUGGACAUGGUCUACUGUGUAACAGCUGCACCAGCUCUACAGAGUGCCCCCUUUGCCCAGAACAGAACCUAGAUCAGUUAUCCUGACCUAACUCAACUAUCUAUAGCCCAGAUAUAGAUAUGGUAUCCUCACUCAAAGACCAGCCCAAAGACCAGCCUCCGGUCCAUAUUGUCACUGAUUCAAGAUCAGAUUUUUUUUAUUUUUACAUGCACUACCUGUCCAUAAGAAAUGAUUCAGGAUCAGCUCUCUAAUCACAGACCUGGCUUUAACCAUUACAAGCUGAACCACAAAUCUGACUCAGUUGUUAAAGGCAUGCAUGAUCCAGACAGCCAUCUCAUGAUGCAGCCUAAGUGGGCCACCAUUUGAAGGAGUACAAGGUUUUAGUUUUUACCGUUAGUUAUUAUUGUUUUGCUAAUGAGACUUAUAGUCCGAGGAAGAAUAGGGCUGCAUCUCAAUAGUAUAAAAAGGCUUCCUCUCCUUGUCUCCUUCACACUGAUCUGAAACUACAGGAAGGACAUAUGGUGGAAGCCUACAAAGAAAUUGCAGAUAAAGGAAGGAAAGCCAUGUUAAACUAUUUGGACGCAGCAGUCUGUGUUGCUUACAGAUAGUUUCUGUGCGUGACUGACUCAGGUUUGCAGUCUGUAAUAUUAUUAUUCUUCGUUAACCGGAAAGAUGGGAGCAUGUUAAAACAAUCAAGAAAAAUGUACUAUUGUAGUGUGUAGUCUGAAAUGAUGCCGAUUUUCAUUUAAUAACAAGGCGCUUCACGUUAACUCAAAUGCCAGCCUUUUUUUAAUCAAAAUCUAUGUAUAAUGUUUCUGGGGCAUAAUUUACAUUUGCAAGCAUUUUGAUAUUUCACAGUAUGUCAAACUCGUGUCAAAUAUACAUAGUUCUUGUAUGUCAUACUUGCUACAUGCACUGACUACACCAGGUGUCAGGCUUUGGAAACAGCAGGGGUGUGUGGGUGUGUUGAUAACCAGUGAAAAGACACGAUCACUACUAUACAUAGACCUGGCACAAAGUUCACACCUUGUCCUACUGCAUCCACCAACAGUGUUUCAUUUUGUGUGUUUUGGUAUAGAAAAAUAAAACAAAUUUAUAUUUUUGGAUGAA